UUAAGUAUAUAUUUGUCUAUUAUAUUUUAUUAUGAUGACAUCGAACAAGUAUGUGAUGAAAAAUUAAUCAAUAAUCCGGAUCUAGCUGUAAAUAAAUAUAAACUAUAAUGUGAAUAAAGAAUCAAUCAUAAUUAAAAUAUAAAUGACACGGGUUGUGAUCAGUUGACAAUGAAUAUCAAUGCUGCUGCUCAAGCUCUGAGAAAAGCUCAAGUUUUAAAAGAUAAAGUUCAGCAAGCAAAAGAUUUAUUGAAUGACAAUGACGCCUGGAUAUGUCAGCAAGAGUUACAAAAAAUUUACCAACAAGUAUUGAUUCUGGAUUUGGAGUAUGCGUUGGACAAAAAAGUCGAGCAGGAGUUAUGGAACCUGGGUUUUAAAAAUUACAUCGCAAUUCUUCAAGCUCAGGUGAAGGACCGCAAGAAUGUCCAUCGAGCAGAGUCCCAGGCGAUGCUGAGCUGGUGUUUGGAGGCUGCAAGUGGUUUCUAUCAAAGUCUUCUGCAAGAAAUAUGCGGAGCAUUUAACUUAGAUCUGGCAUUUCGUCGCAAAGGUGACAUUUACGGUCUGUCCUCACCCUGGGACGCAGUUCAGAAGGUACAGAAGAUAAACAAACAAUCGUCACGUCAUCGGUCAUCGUGUUUUUACGUCUGCCAAUACUGUCUCGUUCACUUAGGCGACAUAGCGCGUUAUCGCAAUGAAAAUAAACAAGCUGAAUUAUUUUAUAGGCAUGCUGUGUCAUUAGCACCCUGGAGCGGGCAGCCGUACAAUCAGUUGGCGCUUUUGGAAGCUUCCAAAGUCGACAAGCUCGCUACUGUUUAUUACUACGCGCGUUCUGUUGCUGUAAAACACCCGUUCCAUGUUGCUACCAGCAACUUGGCCAAGACAUUGCUGAUAAACGACGACGAUGGCUGUCUUUCUCACUGUCAUUACGCUAAAUUAAGUGCCUCGGAGUACACGGGAAUAUUUCUGAAGCUUCACGGUGCUAUUCAUCACAACCAAUUGAAGGAAAUCAGUGUCAGUAAUAAUGAUGACGAUAUCAAUGCUCAUAAAAAAGAUGUAAGCAGCAAUAAUGGUCUGAAGAGUGCUGUUGAGUACAAAAAAUUAUUGACUGAUAGUAAUUUCACGGGUCUGAUUGUCACUGAUGGAUUCAAUUCAUGGAAACUCGUUCAAAUGUUGGUGAUAAAUUUAUACGCGCUUCAUCAUGUUGCUGGUAAUUCGUCUUUCCAAGAGCUACUUAAGCCGGAUCAGCUUAGUUCUGAUGAACAGUUAGCACGUAGUUAUAUUCUUGAUCUAAUAGCUGGUAGUUUAUCAGCAUUGUUAUUGCCUGUUUACACAUUGAAGACAAAUAUUAUUGAUUACUUUGCUUUGUCGACGAUUAAAUUGUAUCUCGAGUGGCUGAUGAGUCAACAGAAUGUCCAAUCAUUGCUUGAAGAGGAUGCUUUCUCAUCACGAUUACAAAUAUGGCCUAGUCUGUGUGCUCUUCUCAAUGGACUUAAUAAAGAAGUGGGUGAUUUUUAUGGUGAUAAAUUUACCAAGAUUCCUUUGCCGGAAGACUGGGAGCUGCAGGGAUUUUUACCACUGGAACGCAGUUUUGAAAAGCUUAAAUUUAGUGAUGAUGAGUAUCUUGAUGGAGACGAUUUAAAAAAAUUACGCGCCGUCAGAAUUCUGGAGCUGGGACGUCUGCUGACUCAGUACCGGGUGAAUGGUCUGAAUUUAAUCAGCAUCAGCCCGGAUAGUAAAGAAGGGGAAUUUAUUUCUGCGACAAAUAAUUCUGUUAAUGUCAAACUGCUGAAGGAACUUAAAGAAUUCACUCUGAGAAAAGAGCUGCAGGAGAUCGCUGACGGAGCUGCUGAUAAAAAGAAAGAGGGAGUUGUUCUUAAGUCACAUGGCCGCAAUCACACCCAGCAGAAUGUCUUUGUUAAGAAAAACCCAGCGCCGUUGGCGAGAAAAAUACGUCAGAAUAUUGCAAUACAAGCAAUAAUGAAACGUGCCGAGAUGGACCAGAAGCCCGCUGCUAAUCCUGAGAGCACACCAAUGACUUUAGAUAAAUCUGCUGGCAAUAAUGUUAAUCCUGUUGAUAAUUCUGUUGCCAGUGCUGUUGAUAAUCCAGCAGAAAGUAUCCCGGUAGCCAGUGCUGCCAACGACGACGCAGUUCCUGCUGAUCUUUCUGCUAAACCCCAAGUACUGGAUAGCUAUCAAGUAAACUUGGAUCCUUUGCCUGCACAUACUCUUAAAAAUUACGCACAGAGUGAACCGAGUUAUUUACCGACGUAUCCAAGUUCUGAAACUUUAUUAAAUAUGCCGUUGAAUAUUUCCCCAUACUAUGUACCAAAUAAUACUAUUUCAAUGCCUACCUCCCAGUUCAAUGGAGGGAUUAAUGAUGAACAGAUAAACGGAUGCGAGAGAGUGGAAAAUAAUCGAAUGCUGUCAGUUGGAGACAUCGAGAGCAGGAUGCUUGCAGGGAAGACAGUUCAAUGUGAUAAAUUAGAACAAGAUCGUUUGUUUUUUAACCAACCGACAAAUAUUGACUAUGGAUUAAUGAUGAACGCAGAAGUUGAGCCGCGUAAUUUUAACAUGUGGAAUAACCCGCAAAAUACGGCUAUGAACUCCUGGUGGAGUAAUGCUGCGCCUCAAACCACGAAAGCCAGCAAUUUUGAUGUUAAUUCUUAUCCCAGCUGGUCGUGUCCAGCUCCUAGUGGAAGCUUAGCGCCAUCGAUGUCUAAUACCCACCAACCGAUUAUCAGCAAUGAGGAGAACGUGUACUCAUUGUUUAGCGAAAAUUCAUGGGGAUCCAGUGGGCAGAAUAAUUUUCCUAACUACAGUUCGUUAAAUAAUCAGCAACAGCAUCAGCAGCGGUCACUAUGGUCCGGUCCAGGACCUUCUCCACUUGAAAGAUUAUUAGAGCAACAAAAGUCAUUGCGCGGAGAAACAAAAAAUACACAUGACGAUAAAUAUAUGUAAUAUAAAUUAAAUAAAAACUUGUUGAUAAUUUA